CCAGCAACUGGGAAACCCUCAGAUUCUGUAGAGGAAGAAUUACUAGAGUCACAAGAUGAAGGCUGUGUUCCUGACUCUUCUCCUUGGUCUGGUGUGUGCUGCCCAGGAAGCUCCAGCUCAGCCGGAAUCCCCAGAGAUUACAGGAAACUGGUACACCAUUUACAUGGCCGCGAAUAACAAGGAGAAGAUUGAGGAAGGAGGCCCCCUGAGGACAUACCUCCGCUGAUUUGAGUGCAUUGAGAACUGUGAAAAAAUGUCCAUUAGUUUCAUUGUCACACAUUAUAACAGUUGCACCUUACUCACAGUAGUGGCACAGAGAGCAGAAGGAAAUGUUUACCACGUAGACUUCAUGGGUAAAAAUUCUGUGCAACUGAUCCCUGUAUCAGAAAGCAUGUUGGUAUUCUAUGCUGAAAACUUUGAUGGAGAGAAGACCACAAAAGUGACUUUUGCCCUCGGCAAAGGAGACAGUUUGAGUCAAGAAGAUAUUCAGAAGUAUGAGGAGAUAAACAAUGAAAGGGGUAUUCCAAAUGAAAAUACAGAAGAUGGCGCCCAAACAGACAACUGUCCGAAAUAAGAACUGAGAACCUCUGUUGGAAGAAAAUGAAGUAAGGCUAUGAGAAGCAUCGCAUCAGUAAUGUGUCCCAAUCAUCCAUAUGAAGAUUAUAGACCUUUUCCUUAAAAUCGUCCUUUCUUCUCUCCCAGGAAAUCAUGAUUCUACACGGCUUUCCUGCCACAAAUCUCCUCUGCUCUUGCUGAUGUUACUGAAUUUCUAAACUGUUCAAUAAAAUGAUUAAUACACA